UUGAAAUAAAAGUCGCAAUCGAUGACCGCCUGCGGUCGCGGGCUCCUGCCGAGUGUGUGAUGGAUUGGUGUCUAUUUCUUCUGUUUCUCUGGUUGUGUGUAGUAACGCAGGGACAGAGUGAAGAUAAUGACCAGCGUUUCUACCUCACGGUAACGAAGUAUGAAGGCGAUUUGACACUAGCACAGUGCAAAAACGCCGAGUGCUUGAGACGAGAGGAUCAGGGCCCCAGCGAACUGAAGUGUAUGUGCGAAGAUGAGUUCAAUAAAGCCGAGCGCUUGCGAGCAGAGUGCGGGGACGGCGGAAGAAACGAGAGUGCAGUACAGCUGCUGGCGCUUGAGAAUCUACCGGACAAACUAGGGUUUUGUGCUCGAGCGUUUGCCAACCUUGGCUACUGUAUUCAGACCGUCAGCAACGACACUGGGCCCAAUAAUGCAACUUACAGUGAUAGCGAACUGAAGGCUAAAAUAUCCAACAUUGCAGUUUUUGCCAGUGAAUUUUGGAAUCUUUUAGACCGGACUCUAGUGGGUGUGUACUUGUCCAGUGACCAGCAGAGAGAUAUCUGCAAAGGUGCAUAUGACGAGUGGUUGUGCUCCAUAUCACUGUCACUAUAUUCUGCCAAUGGUUCUGAGCUAGUAAAACCCUGCCUCAGUGUGUGUACAAGAGUGGUUCAACAGUGUCCCUACUACCUACCCUCAAAGUUCCAGGAUGGUGCCGACGACGAGAUUAUAUAUGGAGGAUACCCUGUCUUCGACUGUCCAGAAACUCGCAUAGUGAGUGAGUAUAAUGGUGUCUCCACGUCAUGUGGUAAUAAUAUGAGCUGCCCGGCAAUUCCCUAUAGCCUAGAACCAGACUGUAUCGGUCGCGAUGGAGCCACUCACAAUUUCUCCUCUGAAAUACUAGUCAUAAUAUUCCUAUUUAUACUCUCCAGUGCUCUGGAAUUUUAACACCUGCAUGAUUUAUUCCAAAGGUCUACAUUUCUACCUGAUUUUUAUACAAAAUUAUAAACUAAGCAAAAGUUUUCUGAUUUGUUCUGGAGGUUGGGGAAACAAUGAUUUGACAACUUCUUCGCCUUUUUCGGUGGUCACCGCUGCAUAUAUGGAUUCGUAGGUCUGGCAAAAAUGUUCGAAAGCUUUCUGCUGGACUGCGUUGCGAAGGUGGGCGCUAGCAAGGAGCUUACACUGCGGCAACUGGUACUGAUCUGGGGCCGAAAUGACAGGAGACAAUAGUUGAGGGGUUGUGUUGAGACUUUCGAAACUCUCGUCUGUGAGCUUGUUGUGGGAGAGGGAGGAGCGGAACUCUGUGAACCCCACGACCUCCGAGAGAUGGUCGGACUGCUCCGACGUGACUGUGUCCAUGUGUGCCUGCAUCUGCUGUUCCAGGGAUUCUACCUGUCGGUCGGUGAACUCGUACAGAGACACUGUGCUCUGGACAAGAUAGAGCGAGUUUACGAGGUAGACUGCUCGAUCGAGUCGACUCAAUGGUGCCACUGCGUCGUUGCACGACUGAAUCAGUGGAUCGAUGCACGUUGUGAGAAUGAGCAAAAGUUGCUGCUCGUGGUUGCCACUCCCAAGCGAGGUCAGGUCCUGCGAGGAAAGUAUACUCUGGAGCAACGAGAGAAUCUCCCCAACUUUCGGAGAGGGUGAGAGAUCUGGUAGAGGUGCUUCAAUACCCUCGAGGAUUUUCGCAGUCUGGGCAUUGAGGGCGCUGAAAAACAUCUUGGAUUGGAGAUCUGUGAGGUCAGUGAGGGUUUUGACCAUAGGUGCUGUGUCUUUGAGUAAGCCUUGGAAGACGCCAUUGUAGUACCGCAAGAGGUUGACCAGCUUGUAGGCAAGAACUGGGUGUCUGGUCGAGACGAUUACUUGCUCCACGCGAGUGUGGAGAGGCCUACAGCAGCCCUCCGUGACCAUGCUCAGGAUGGGGAGAGACUGCUCCGUGUCGUGCUCGGACAAGAGGCUGGCCACGUGAUCAUUCUCCGUGGCAAUCGCCUGGUGUAACCAACCAAACAUGUAGCCGCAGUACCUCACCGGAUCAUGAGAGUGUAGUUCAAUGGGUCUCCCUGUGCUUCUGUCACGAGUCAGAGCGUCGAUAAAGCUACGAACUAACGCCAUCCUACGGGCAAUGCUAUACUCAUCUAUGCAAUACUGAAAGAGAAUCGGGCGCUCUUUCAGCUCCUUAAGGGCUUUUCGCAGGGUGGAAUUGAUUUCGGGGAAUUCGGCGUUCAUGGUGCGGCACUGCCCCUGGCACCAGUGGUACAAUCGCUCGUAGGCCGUCUCAAGGUGCAUUGCCAUUGAUUCCAUGAUCUCCAGGCCUGCCCGCUGCUGGCUGGUGCGUAGGAGAACCUUGCAGUCCUGGUGGAUCCCCCGCACACGCUCCAUGGCAGCGAAAAAUCGAUCGUCGAUCGUCGUGGCUUGAGCUCGGUAGCUCCCGCAUAGUGCCUCGGACUCCUGGGGCAUGAGUUGAAAUUUUCCCAGAAAUGCCGACACUACUAGAGACUGCAUUUCUAGCUCCCUGUUCUUGGACUGGAGCUCCGACGUCUCCUUCAGGAGGUUGGACGUGUGAGUUUUGGCGGCCCCCAGCCUCGUCUGCAUGUUAUCACAGCACUUCUUCAUGUCCGAAGCUUCCUUCUGUAGGCUCUGCACUUGCUGCACGAGCGUUUGUAGACACUGCACGAAGUUGUCGUUCAGCCCCAGACACCGUUUCUCCAGGUCGCUGCGGAGAUUUCGUCUCGCCUGAAGCGUGUUCUUGUCGAGGAAGCCGGAGAGCACGCCCAGCGCCUCCAGCGUUUCUUUGUCGUUGUCUAGGUUGCUCUCCAGUAUCUUGUGGAGUUUUUUUGAGAGUGGAUUCUGCUGCGUCGUUGUGCUAGGCGCUGCUGUAGAGCUUGCGGAUGAGCUUGGAGA